UUGAUUUGCAACAGCAGGGGCAACAAGAGCCAAGAGCCCUCCGGGGCUGGAGGGGACGGCGGAGCCCUUCGGGGGAGCUGGGGCAGCCACCCAUCAUAAAGCAAUUAACCAGGAGCUGCCGGCUCCUCCAGGACGUCUCCGAGCCAGAGCCCAAGAGCUGCCUUCGCCGAGGCACGGAGCGAGCCGCCCCAAAAUGCAGCGCUGAGCGGGUGGGGACCGCUCCGAGAGCUGGGCGUACGGACAGGGCUGGCCCGGGGAGAGAGGGUGCAUUGCAGCCCGAGCGAGAUCGGUGUCUCUCCGUUGUCAUCCUCUCCUUUAAAAAAAAAAAAAAAAAAAAAAAAAAAAAAAAGGAGGGAGAGAGAGAGAGGGAGAGAAAAAAAGUAGGCGGAUUGCAGUGACUGACUGCCCAAUGGCAGCCCCGAGUCUCAGGAGAGUUGCAGAAACAGGGAGAGAGAGAGAGAGAGGCACUUUCUGCCAUCCAAAUCCCUUAAACCAUCCUCAUUCCAACACGAGAACCCACUGUAACAACUUCCAACCACUGAGACAUGACAGGCAGGAGCCCAGAGGCAGCAGCAGCAGCGAGAGCAGCAGCAGCAGCACAUACUCUGCACAGGGAGCAGCAUUAGCACCAGGGGAAUACUAGACACAACAAUACAAACAAACAAAAAAAAAACAGACAAAGCCCCCCAAGCCCAAGGGACUGGAUUCCAACUCAGAUUCAAGCCACAGCUGACACCAAAAAGGGUGGGGAGUUACGACCAGGGGGGGCCAGAAAGGAAUAACCAAGGAAGCGAACUCCAAGAGUGUAAACGGGAUUCAGCCAUGAUACUUUUUUCAUCUCGCAGUGUGUUACUCUCAGUGUAUUACCCUCAGAUUUUCCUCAUCCUUACCAGUGGGAGUUACCUAGCUUUGUCAUCUGUGGUGGCUUUAGGAGCUAAUAUCAUCUGCAACAAAAUCCCAGGCUUGGCCCCUCGGCAGCGAGCGAUCUGCCAGAGCCGCCCUGAUGCCAUCAUUGUGAUCGGAGAAGGGGCACAAAUGGGAAUCAAUGAGUGCCAGUACCAGUUUCGGUAUGGGAGGUGGAACUGCUCUGCACUGGGAGAGAAAACAGUCUUUGGACAAGAGCUUCGAGUAGGAAGCAGGGAAGCUGCGUUCACCUAUGCCAUUACUGCUGCCGGGGUUGCACACGCUGUCACGGCCGCCUGCAGCCAGGGCAACCUCAGCAAUUGUGGCUGUGACCGAGAGAAACAGGGCUACUACAACCAGGAGGAGGGCUGGAAGUGGGGAGGCUGCUCUGCGGAUAUCAGAUACGGCAUUGAGUUCUCCCGGAGGUUUGUUGAUGCCCGAGAAAUCAAAAAGAAUGCACGGAGGCUGAUGAACUUGCACAACAAUGAGGCUGGAAGAAAGGUGCUUGAAGAGAGAAUGAAAUUGGAGUGCAAGUGUCAUGGAGUUUCAGGUUCCUGCACAACCAAGACCUGCUGGACCACACUUCCUAAAUUCAGAGAGAUCGGAUAUAUUUUGAAAGAGAAAUACAAUGCUGCAGUGCAAGUGGAGGUGGUACGAGCCAGUAGACUAAGACAGCCAACUUUCCUGAAGAUUAAGCAGAUCAAGAGUUACCAGAAACCAAUGGAAACAGAUUUAGUGUAUAUCGAAAAGUCACCCAACUACUGUGAGGAAGAUGCUUCCACGGGGAGUGUUGGUACCCAGGGACGACUCUGUAACCGAACCUCUCCCAACGCAGAUGGGUGUGACAUGAUGUGCUGCGGAAGAGGUUACAACACACACCAGUACACCAAGGUGUGGCAGUGUAAUUGCAAAUUCCACUGGUGCUGCUUUGUGAAGUGCAACACAUGUAGCGAGCGGACAGAGGUGUUCACCUGCAAAUAACGGCAUCAUGCGCAAAUGAACAGAGCAAAUCGCCACAAGUGAAGACAGUGGAGUACAGCGAAUGACGACAGCAUCAUUUUGCACAUCUAAUCUUUGGGAAAAAAAAAAACAACACAACAACCAAUCUCUCCCCACUACUUACACCUCUACGGAUGGUGCAUUUUGGCUGGCUGUUGUGACUGCUUUGGAAACAAGGGCAACAGGAUUAAGGUGAUGUUGACAACUACAUGACAACCGUUUCUCUCUCUCUCUCUUUUUUUUUUUUUUUUUAAACUACAAUCUGGGUGUUAUAGAGUUCUCCUAGUAAGUGUUUUAAGUUAUACAUAUCAGAGAAGCUGAUUGCAUUACAGCUCCCAUGAAAUUUUAAAGAAAAAACACAUUCUCAUAUUUUACGACAACAAAAGCACAAAGCCCUGUGCAAAUAAAGACUUUUUUUAGGAAAUGAAAUCUCCACUGACUAGAACAAAGCAGUCUUGCUGCAAAAAACUAAAUUGCUAAGAAAGUAGGUAGAGAGAAAACUACAACUGGUAGGGAGACAAAAUCUGUGGCGGAAGUACUCCACUAUCAGCUUGAAAAAAUAAAGUUCACAAAAUUACAUCAGCUGCCAGUGACACUGGAACUCUUUGAAUGAACAUUAAAAAUAAUUAUUUAUGUUUUUAAUAGUAUCAAAAAUUCUAAGCACUAACGGGUAGCUAUGUCUUAAUUCUGUACUAAAUGUAAACUGAUUGGAACUCUGACUUUAUGAUUUUUGUAUUUGGUUCUCCCUAAGUUCUUCAAUGCUACUGAUCUGUUGUCACUCCACUAGUAGAGAGUUUGAUUACUGUAGGCCUUAAGCAAUGACCAGAACUGAACAAAAAGAUCAUGUGAAGCUGUGGUUACAAAUGCUUAAUGAAGACUUUCCCCACUUGCCUCCUGAAUAAGAAUGACUCUUCUAGAUUCAGGCUUCAGGUGUGGAUCAUCUACCCUCAGCUCCUUGUAGGGAGUUUCAGGAUACAAAGUCAUGCUCUGACAAACAUUACAGAUUUGCUUUGCAGUCAAAUGCACUGGCAGGAUCUUCCAAGCAUGACACUGCUUUUAAUGGUUAAAACAUAAUAUUAUCAAUAGUUUUUGAAAAAAAUAUGCUCAGCAUGAGCUGAGAAGUUAAUAAAAAUAUGGUAGCUGAACACUAGGUUGCUGCAACCUGUGAGCUGCGGUGGCUUCAUGAGCAUAGGAAAGCCAAAAUUUGGGUUAGUCUGUGUCAUCAUUAUUCUAAGGUUGGCAAUAACAUAAGCCCAGUAAAUGCAUGAAUGUUAAGAAAGAAGUGGACUUUUCACACCAUCAUUCAAUUCUAAUUUACACACCUUUUCCCUAUGAGAGUUUUUAAAAAAUCCUCAGACGUUUUACUACUGUAGAAUCUAGUGGUUUAAACCCCAAGUGCCAGAUACUCCCAGGUACAAUACAGCACAUUUAAUCACGUUAAUUUGCUUGCAUCAGGGAUACUUAGCUGAAUUUCAGAAAAGUUGGAUUAAAAAUUUCUUAAUGUCUGUGUAUCUGCAUUUCUAGCUUUCGUUUCAUCCUGUUACCUUUUGUGAGGGGCUGCACAGCCAUGAGGCCUCCUCACCCAACACAGGAGCACAUGCUACACCACAUUAUGCUCUUGGGGCAAGGGGCCAGUGGAGCUGCCAUGCCGCCAGCUCCCAUGCUGAGUAUGUGGAUGAUCCAGGAUUACAUCCCAAAUUUGUGGGCCUGUGUUAUCCAAAGUAACCAGCCACCUGGGCACCUUGGUUUGAAUACUCGUGAGGUCCUGCCUUUCUGACCACAAGCCUUUCUUACACUCUGAAAAUCAUACCCUUUUGAUGGGUAUUCCAAAGAUUCCAAACUCAAAUCACUCAUGCUUUGUUGUUGUUGCUGCUGGUUUCUAAGUGCCAACUAGAGAUUCAAACUCAGCCUUGGCAUAAAUGAGUGCAACCCCAUGGAAGUAAGCAGGGGCCCCCAAAAUGCCAGAGUCAAUUGAUAUAAUUUAAAGUUCCCUAGAUUUAUGGGUAUUGUUGUUGAACAAUAGUGGUAUACUGUACUUUCACUACAUUUCUGACAGGAAGCAAAUAAAGCUCCCAAGCACAGUAAUGCACAGUCUUAUGGUACUAGAUACUGUAAAUAUAUUAGAAUAGUAUUUGUUAAGUACAACUGAGGAAUCCGAUUAAGUUAUAUUAUUGUAUAUCGUUUAAAUGUCUAUAGAGUAUUUUAAAUUAUUGUGAACUACACUGCGUUAAGAAAUGAAAAAAGGUUAUAUAUUAUAACACCAUCCACUCUGAAAAGUGGACCAAAAUGACACUUUCUUUUUUUUACACACCCCUAUUUCAAAUAGCUCUGUCAGCUGUUCAGCAUUGUAACAGUCCUACGAUUGGAUUAGCAGUCUAGAAUAUAAUGUUUCAGAGCAUCCUAUAAAAGCCUUGCUCAUGUGGGGGUGCAGCAUUCAGAAAAGUACUGUAUGGCACAAAACAGGGGCUGACCACAGAAGUGCAUGGACUUUGAACUAUGUCCCAAGAAAAAACGGUUUUGGUCAGAAAACACCAUUACCACUAAUACACUGAAACGUC